AUGGAGACCCUGGACAAGGAAAUUGAGCCCAGCACAGCCAUUACUGGGUGGGUGGGGGGAACUCAGCCCCAUCCCCACCUGCAGGAGCAGGGCCGGAUGCUGCUGGAACUCCUCGCCCCCGGCCUCCCCUCGCCUUUCCCCCUUCCCCUCUAAGAUUUCAUCACUGAGCACUUAAGGCCGGGAAAAGCCCGGCCAGCAGCUGCAGGGAGCCGCCGGGGCAGCCGGACAGACGGAGCCUUUAUUUCGGGGAGCCGCGACGCCGGUGGCGACGCCGGAGAAACCCCAGCGGCGCCAGCCCCGCUCCGGCCGAGGGGACAGAAUCCCUGCCCCCCACCCCGAGGGGGUCACGGUCCCCAGGCGCUGGCCGUGGCUUUUUGGGGGGUCUGGCAGGUCCCCAGAGAGGAGCAGAGGAAAAUAGCAACAGGAUGAGGUCACACAGCGGCUGCAGCCUCUUGAGCAACCUCAGGCCAGGCGACCAGGGCAGGGGGAGAGAGAGCUUGGGGGGCUCAAGAGAUGCCCCCAGACCCCAAGACUGGAGACCAGGCCCCGGGGAGCUGAGCAGCUGCUGUGCUUGUCUGGGGAACCAGGGGGAACCCUGCCUGUGUCCCUGCCUGCACCCCAAGGCAGAUGGGCCCAGGCCAGAGCAUUUCUAGGUUGGGAUUUUAGGAAAUGUUCUUCUGAAAUUAAGGGGAUGGUCCUAAGCCGUGUUUGCCCCACUGCCUCAAUAAUGCCAGGGCACUGAGCCCACAUCUCUCACUGCCCCCCUUGGACCCUCAGAUGGGCUUUACCCUCACCCUUGUGGAUAAAAACAACAUGAAAAGCAACCCCGUCAUCCCCACUUGCACCCCAAACUGUGGCCCCUUCCGGGGUUGAUGAUGGGGGACACCGUGGCUCCUUUGCUGACAGGAUAAGCCAGGAAACACCCCCAGCCCCAGCUGGAUUUCAUCUGGGAGGGGGCUGGGGGCUGCCUGCCUUUCCCUGGCCUCCCACACCCCCUCCCCAUCCCGGCCGUAAUGAGAACAAGCUGGUCCCGGGCUGCGACGCAGGAGGAGGAGAAGAAGGAGGAGGAGAGGAGGGAGAAGGAGGAGGCUCCAUCCCAGCAGGCUGCAGAAAGGGGCUCGAGGUGUGUGGGACAGAUCCCGUCUUCCCGGCUGCCUCCCGCUGGCUGCGGGCAAGGUCUCCUGCAGGAAUCCUGGGAAUGGCCUCAGCCAUGGGCACGUGGUUGCUGCUCUUGGUGCUGCUGGUGGCAGCCCCGGCUCAGGCGGCAGCGCCCCGGCACCGCCCGGUGCUGCCGGACACGGCGGGCAGCGGGGACGGGGACGAGGCGUCAGCCACGCUGCCCGCCCAGCCCGUGACCCCCCGGAUCAGCCCCACCGUGGGGGAAGCACCGGGGACCACGGUGACCAACAGCUCGGCGCCGGGCGUGCUGGACGGGCUGGUGGACUUCUUCAAGGAGUACCUGCUGCUGGUGGUGGUGGUGGGUUCGCUGUCCUUCGUCCUCCUCUUCAUCAUCUGUGCCGCCGUCAUUGUCCGGCAGAAACACAAGGCCUCCGCCUACUAUCCCUCCUCCUUUCCCAAGAAGAAAUAUGUGGAUGAGCGGGACAAGUCGGGGGGAGCACGGGCCUUCAGCGAGGUGCCCGAGAAAGCCCCCGAGGCCGGCGCGGAGGAGCCGCUGGACGGCGGCCGGCAGCUCCAGGCGGACAUCCUGGCUGCUGCCCAGAACCUCAAAUCCCCCCACAAGGCGCCGCUGGCCAACGGGGCCCAGGGUGAGCAGAAUUCCCCUCAGGAGGAGGAGAAGGAGGAAGAGGAGGAAGGAAAGAAGCUGGGGGAUGAGCAACCCAAGCCCCCCACCCAAAAUCCGGGCACAGAGGAAGCAGCAAGCGCAGGAAGCAAGGAGAGCCCUGAUGUGUGCCAGGAUGGCUCCCAGGCUCCCUCUGGAAUCUGAGGCAGGGACAUGGUCCCAGGCAAGCCUGAGGAGCUGCUGGCUUGGGACACAUGAUGGACAUGGUGGAUCAGGCUCCGUACGUACGUGGUGGCUCGAGGAAGCCCCGAUGAAGAUCCCAUUCCCUCCCAGCUCCCCCGACCCUGGUGCUGAUGGGAUGCUCAUGGGGGGGAUUUGCCAGCUGGUGGUUUUCCCCAGCACUGGAACGCUGUCAGCCCCAGCUUCUGCUGCCCAAGGGGCUUCUUCCACCCCAGGCACUGGGUGGGUGCUUCCCCCCAGCUGCAGCUCUGCCCCCCCUGUGCCACCAGCUUCCUCCCAAAUGUUAUUUUAAUCAUCAGCAGCAGCCUGGUCCGUGCCGGGCUCCUGGCUAGGAGCUGUGUCCCUCUGGGAGAAGGGAUGGGACCAGGGCUGGAGGUCUGUAGGACAUGGGUCAGCUUUGCCCAUGGCCGCCCAAAGGAAAGAGGGAUGAGGACUUAGGGACAAGGACCCUUCUUUCCUUCUUCCACCCCAGAGCCCAGCUGGAUUUUUGCCUCACUUCCUGAACCCCUUCAGCUAAAAAUAAACAUUUCCUCCGCACA